GUGGGUGGAUAGCUCAAAAUCUAAUCUAAUGGCGAAAUACAACGAGAUAGCGAAGAAGAAGAGAGAGGCGAAAGCUGAUAGGAAGCGAGCUAUCCAUGGAGAUCCACUCACCAAUAAACUGAAGACCAGAGCUCCCCUUGUCUCCGUCUCCGGUAAACGUCAGAAGAAACUCCUUCGCAAAUAUCGCCGAGAGCAGAAAGAGAUGGUGGAGAAGGGUCUUGUUACUAUGGAGGAUGUAGUGAUGGCUUCUGCUGAUGCUUCAUCAGAAGACUCUAAGAAACCCCAAAGAAAAUUUAGCGUGAAGAAGACAUUGAAGCUCAAUAAACUAAAGAACAAAGGUAAAAAGAAGACGAGCCAGAAAGCCGGUGGCAAAGUAUCUACUCAUCAGAUGCUGGAAUAGACUUCAUCUUGUUUAAAGUUGUUCGAAAUCCUUUAGUUUUCUUCUACUGCUAAGUUUUUUCAAAUAUGUUGUCGUUUAGGAAGUUCUCAUUUUGUAUUUUAGCGGGAAUGCUGCUGAUUCGGUUCGUCCAUCACAUUUAUAGUAUCAAUAUUUCAGUCACUGAAUCUUCUCUACCGAUUUCAAUUUAUCUCCCUGAUGGUAAAACGUUUGUAAACAUAUGGAAACAACAGAUUUGUGGUGGUGUUCUCACGAGCCACAAGGACUCU